AUGCCCAACAUCAGAAUCACCAAGCCGUGUCACAACUGUCGCCGCCGACGCCUGCGCUGUGAUCGCUCGUGGCCAACAUGCAACAAAUGCACGUUGUCGGGUCAGGAGUGUCUUGGUUAUGGAAAGGUAUUCGUCUGGACGCAGGCGAUUGAUUCUCAAGGAAACCCACGGCCCUCGCCGGCCUCUGGACGUCGGCCAGGCGAGACUGGGGCAUUUCAACCUCAAGCUCCUCCCGACUCUGGGGGAACGCGGGGAGAUGUCGCCGUCGGUUGGGCCCUUGCGGGAACUGGAGGCCUGGACCCUGACCAGAUUCACGAUGUACGAGUCAUCUACGCCGAACAUGCUCACGAUGAACGGGUAUUCCGCGGACACCACCAGCAACAGCCAUUGGCCCUGCGUGGUGCCAUGUCGGGGAAAGAUAUAGUCAGCCCAGGCGAAAUGGCUGUCACAGACAAGGACGUGUGCAUUGCCAACACACCGAAUCCAGACCAUCAGGUCGAUAUGCCUAUCAGGGCCGGCCUUUUGGGUGGUCGAAGCCUGACGGAUCCCCUCUUUCAAGACCUUGAUCGUACUUCAAGAGCCUAUAUUACACAUUUCAACGAUCGUGUCUGUCGAGACUUGGUCGCAAGAGACUCAGACAGCAAUCCAUUCCGAGAACUUAUCCCUCUGACCAAUAGACAUCCGCUGCUGCUUCAAGUACUCAUCGCAACGUCCGCUAUCCACUGCUGUAAUUUGUUUCGGCCCACCAAUUCCAUUCCAACGAGUUUGACUAAUCCAGGCGACUAUCUUGCCCAGUUACGGUUGCGAGAUGAUUCAUCUAGGCAAAUACUCAUACAUGCUUUGACGGCCAAGGAGAAAGCCAUAGCCUACCUUCGCCAAGUCAUGGGUUCAUUGAAUCUUGCUCGCAGCGAGGUGGGAAGCGUGGUGGCUCUAGCCGCUAUGCAUUUCUUUGUCAAGUUUGACCUGAUUGACUUUGAACCGAGAGUUGUGGUUGAAAAGGAAGGAGAAGAAGUUAAAAAAAUUCAAGGUUGGCGGUCCCAUCUUGAAGCAGCAAGCAUCGUCUUGGAAUUGUUGGCCUUGGAUCCCACGAGACAUGCUUCAACCCGAAUAUUGCGUGAUUGUGUCAUUGCCGAUUGCUUCAUAUAUCACAUUCUUGGCUCGACUCUGGCAGAGACAGCAAUGGCCUCACGCAUAGCACGAUGUGGUAGCGAGUUAUUGGAAGUAAUGAAACGAGUAGAGGUGAACAGUUAUCUCUCGUGUCCGCCAGAGAUUCUCAAAAUCAUCCUCUCCGCGUCCCAACUUUCAUGCCAGGGCCCUUACACUGACUUUGACCUGGCGGCCGCAGACCAAGCACGCGCACUCAUUGUUGAGGCGCAUGCAUUUGACAUUGAUGGAUGGGUGGACCAGCUUCGACAGCUGCCAGACGUGACUGAUAUCAAAAGUCGAUUCCAUGUCGCCUCGGCGCACCGUUCGGCAGUAUGUCUGUAUAUCAUCCGGGCAUUGCCGGUAGUGCGCGUCGUUUACCCCGUCGACGCCAACAUUUUCGUGAACGACAUACUCGACCACCUCGGCCAGAUCCAUGAUGAAGACCCGUACUUCAAGGCCACGUCAUGGCCCACGUUCAUCGCAGGUGCGGAGACCCGAGAUCUUGGACACAGAAAAUCGACCUUGAAUCGCAUGUUUGCCAUUUGGCAGAUUUGCCCAUGGGGCUACAUCUUUGCAGCCAUCAGGAUGUUGAAGCACGCUUGGCAAAUACAGGAUACGAACCCUGAAUCCAACGUAAAUUGGCUCCAAGAGCUCAAAAAAGACGGUUAUUUAAUUGUGUAG